UUUAUUGUUGCGCUUCAGUUUUCGGCAGUGUCGGCGGGCAGCAGUCUCGCGAGCGCUCGUCGCUUGAUAAGAGUGACCUUCGCUUAAAAAUUGUUUAUUGCUCGCGCUUUCCUAACCUAAAAUCGGGCGUGUAUGUGUGUAUGUGCGUGUGUGUAUGAAUGACCGGAAAAUGUGAUACACCCGGAACAUGUAUCCGAACUUCCAGAGCGAGAUCGUCAAGCAGGGGUUCAUGUGGAAGCGGUCGCAGAACAAGAAACCCUUCACCAUUGUCAACUACAAAAAGCGCUGGUGGUUGCUGACCAACCGAUACCUUAUCUAUUACGAUGACCGACCGGAAAAUAAGGGCAACAAGAAGGGACAAGUGGAACUGCGUUUGGUGCACACGAUCGAGCCGGCGUCCAGCGAUUUCGCGUCCGGCGACGAUGUCGGCGUAGACGGGGCGAUUUGGCCGUUCCUUGUCGGAUAUUAUGGCGACGACGACGACUACACGCUCUUCGUAAUCGCGUCCGACGCUGAGGAGAGGUUCGAGUGGAUUGAAGCCAUCCGCAAAGCAUGCGCGGAGAAUAAGAACCUGAAGAAGCACUACCAUCCGGUCCCGUGGAACGGUCGCAGGUGGAACUGUUGCCGGAACAACAGCCGGAACGCGUUCGGGUGUCUGGAGUGCAAGUCCUGGAACAUCGCCGCCCAAGUCUCGUCGCUCCAGAACGCGAUCUGGGAGAAGAACGAGCCCGACAGCUCCUUCACGAACGGUGGUGGAGGCGGUAACCAUCAGCAGCCACAAGCCAUAAUGCCUGGAGGCGCAGCGCCCGGAGCACCUCUGGCCAAACCCAAGACGAAGGUGGUGGUCGCCCUUUACAAUUACAAGGCGAUCGAGAGCGGCGAUCUUUCGUUGGAGAAGAACCAGGAGUACGAGGUGAUCGAUGAUUCGCAGGAGCACUGGUGGAAAGUCAAAGAUUCUAAAGGGAACAUUGGAUUUAUUCCCAGCAAUUAUGUUAAGGAAAAGGAAUUAUUAGGAUUGCAACAAUAUGAAUGGUACGUUAACGACAUGUCAAGGCAAAGAUCCGAAUCGCUGCUGAAGCAAGAAGAUAAAGAAGGAUGUUUUGUCGUGCGGAACUCAUCGACCAGAGGAUUGUACACUCUCUCUUUGUACACGAAAAUACCAAAUCCCCACGUCAAACACUACCACAUAAAACAGAACUCGAGGGGCGAGUUCUAUCUGUCGGAGAAACACUGCUGCAACUCCAUACCGGAUCUGAUCAACUAUCACAAACACAACAGCGGAGGUCUGGCCUCCAGACUGAAAACUAGUCCUUGUGAUAGGGCAGCACCAGCCACAGCCGGUCUAAGUCAUGACAAGUGGGAGAUCGACCACAACGAUCUGAUGCUGAACGAGGAGUUGGGUUCUGGACAGUUCGGCGUCGUGCGCAAGGGUAAAUGGAGGGGUUCCAUUGAAGUUGCGGUGAAGAUGAUGAAGGAGGGUACCAUGUCUGAAGAUGAUUUUAUUGAGGAAGCCAAAGUCAUGACAAAACUUCAACACACGAACUUGGUCCAGUUGUACGGAGUGUGUAGUAAAAAGAGGCCGAUAUUCAUCGUAACCGAAUACAUGAAGUACGGUUCAUUGCUUAACCAUUUGAGGCGAUAUGAAACCACUUUAUGUAACAACAGAGGUUUACUCUUGGACAUGUGUAUUCAAGUGUGUAAAGGAAUGGCGUACCUAGAAAGGCACAACUACAUCCACAGAGACUUGGCGGCAAGAAACUGUCUAGUGGGUACCGGAGAUAUAGUUAAAGUAGCUGAUUUCGGUUUGGCACGGUACGUUUUGGACGAUCAAUACACGUCUUCAGGCGGCUCCAAGUUCCCCAUCAAGUGGGCGCCACCCGAAGUCCUAAACUACACCAGGUUCUCGUCAAAAUCCGACGUUUGGGCAUACGGGGUUCUCAUGUGGGAGGUCUUCACAUGCGGCAAGAUGCCCUAUGGUAGAUUAAAAAAUAGUGAGGUCGUCGAGAGAGUCCAAAAAGGCUUGAUCCUGGAAAAACCCAAAUUGUGUUAUAAUCAAGUGUAUGAUGUGAUGAGAAAGUGCUGGAGCCACCUGCCGGAGAACCGGCCGUCGUUCCGGGUGCUGAAGGAACAACUUAUCGGCAUCUCGCAGGGCAUCCUGGUCGAUUGACUGGCCCAGUUGGUCUGCGACACAGUGACGCGCGGCUCGCCCUCGUCAGCUGCCGCGGCUACCUGCGACCUAUGCUACGACCAGACGUGGGUGGGCAUCUGUCGCACCCUAUGCCGCGAGGCUAAGAAGGGCAAAGGCAAGACGUACCGCGAGUGAGGGCCACGAGAAUCAAAAUUACCAAUGGACUUUUGGACGUUUCGGAUGGGUUUUAAAGGUGUUACUCAUGCAAAUCGUUUCUAUUUGAUGUUCUCGUUUUAAUGUUUGUGUUUUACUAAAGCGUUCGUUCUUCAAAAGCAAUAAACUUUUCGAAUUCACACAACCGUCUAGCGUCACUUUGUGUGAUUAACACUUUUAUCAUUUAGCCCCCAACUUGUUGUUUUCCCUAUAAAUUUAUUCCCAAAACCACUUUAAUGUACACAAUAACAUACAGAGUCUGACACUGACUGAUUUAUUCUAAGUAAUUUUUUGGAAUUUUUGUAUAUGUAUGGAAGAACUUCAUUGCGUAACAACGCGGCGCCGAAAAAAUCCAUGUUCUCAAGAUAUCGCGAGAGAAAUAAACGGUUUUGUCGGGGACGUGUCGAUAAAUAAGUGCUGAGACUGAAUAAGGUCUAUCUACCAGAUAACUUCAUUAUGUAUCCGAAUCACCAAUUGUAAUACCUAGGAGUUUAGUCAGUCAUUCAAAUUAGAGUGUAUACAUGUGACCUAUGAAAUGGGGCAGAAAUAAUUUUAGCGAUUCUGUGUAAUUUAGAAUUUGUAUAUGGAAAUAAUAUAUUUUUAGAGUUUGUAUGAAAAUGAGUUGACUUCAGGAAGUAAAACGGCGUCUUUUAAAAUAUCAAAUUCACUGUUUGGGAUUAGUUAAUUGUAAUGUUCUUAAAUGACUAUUAUAGAAAUUGUAACUUCUAAAUAAUCACUAAAAAAUUAAAUCUAGAUAAGUGUAAUUACUUCAGUUCAUGGAGUUUGCUUAUUUUCCAUACUUAGAAAUUGUGACCCAAAAUUCGGCCACUGUUCAUUAUUUUCUUUCGUCUCACAUCUAUGCAAUAUUACUCAAAUAUCAUGUUUAUAAUAAAUUUGAUUUUGGUUUAGUUUUUUUAUAUAAAAUAUUUUUUGAAUGAAUAUAUGAGUUUAAGUCUUUUUACCUUGAUGUAUAUAUAAAUAAUAUUGUAUACAAGUACAUAGUUUAAAAAUGAACAUGCUGACCAAAAAACACUAGUUGUGAAUUGAAGAUUUCCGUAUAUUAUGUGAUAUUUGUUUUAUUUAGUGAGGAAUUUGAUUUAUUUAGGUUCAUUGCAAAUUCUUGUACUUUUCUUUGUAGUAUCUCAUAAUAAUGUACUGCCAAAAUGACAAUUGAAUUAAAAUCUUAUUCUUUUAAAUGCAAGAAUUUGUGGUGGACGUCUUAGUAUCAAAUAUGUAUUUAAUAAGCCAGUUUGUAUGUGAUUAUGUAGGUGAAUAAAAUUUGAGUGAACAAUUGCAACAUAGUGAAAAAUUAUAGAUAAAUUAUUUAUCAGAUUGCUUUAUUUUUGACUGCUAGGCUAUUUGAAAUUGAGAUUAUGUAGGUUUUUCACUCACUGGUUAACAAUAAAUAAUUUAUAAAUGUUGACUGUUGGAGGGAAAACUCUUUUGUGAUAGAAAAACGAUUGUGUAAAUUUAUUUGGAGUUUUAAUUGGUGAAAUUUUAACAUUUGUGUCAUUCCAAUAACCGAAAGAAUUUUUUAAGAUAAUAUUUAUACAAUAUAUAAGGCUCAAAAAGAAUCUCUAUACAUUUAUACAAUUUUUUUACAUUUAUAUAUAGCACUUUUUUUACUCAUAUCUUUGAAAAUUACAGUUAUAAUAGCGUGUUCAGUUUUUCGUAUUAUAAGAAUUGUAUGUACUUUAGGAAAUAAAAUUGUAUUAAAUACUUA